GGCAACGACAACAACAACAACCGCGAUGACGACAACCCAACCUGUUCAAACAACCACUGCGUUAACAACAACAGCUGGGGUUACGGCAGUGGGCACCACUACAAGUGCUGGAUCUGCAGCUGCAACGACCUCGGAAGUAACAACAACAAAUCAACCUGUUACGUCAGCAGCAGUGACAACGGGCGUGGCUGCUACAACAGCUAGUGGCCCCACAUCUGACAGUACUGUGUGUCCGGCGGGCUGGUCUUACGGCUUCCAUGGCAGUUGCUACAAGUUUAUAUUCGGUGAGUCCCACACGUGGGAUUAUUGGCGACAGUGUGUUGACAGCGGGGGGUAUCUGAAUGUCAUCAACGCACAAGAAGAAAAGGAUCACGUCAACGAUAUUAUUACGUUCAACAGUACAGCUUCCUCAGCAAACGUAUUGUGUGGGCUGUUUGAUCCGUCUUACAGCCUCGACUUCACUGCUGCAGAUGGUUCCUUUCUUAAGUACACCAACUGGGAUAGCGGAAAUCCGAAAACGGCGCUGAAAGUGAAAGUAGUUUAUAAGAGGCUUGCUAACUGGACGCAAGUUAAUACACAACUGACUUCCAAUGCCGGGUCAGCUCUUUGUGAGACGAGUUACGGUUUCGAUGGCUGUUACACCAAGCCGUCGUCCUACCAGGCAAAAGUUUUGCACCCAAGGCUCAUGAACAGUUUACUGUGCAUAGAAUACUGCAGAGGGAAUGACUUGCCUUACGCCGCAGUAUCCAAUGAUGAAUGCCUGUGUGUGGAAACCAAACCCACCGGAAGUCAGUCCUCCAUCGCAUGCUCUAUGGGGUGUCCGUACAACCCUAUGCAACACUGUGGCGGAACAAACGUGGCCAAUGUGUACCUGAUAGGUUACUAUUAUCACCGUGCACCGUCGUGUGUGGCUUUAGCGUCGCAGGGGGUCCUUUUGGAAGGGUAUUAUUGGAUUAGCGAAACAGAAGGAGCCGCAUCUAGAAAAGUGCAGUGCAACCCGACAGCUCCGUGUCACACUCCUUUGAUUCACACCUACGCGAGUACCGUCACCAUCACACAUUCCAACUCAACCGACAACAAUUGUACAGCUGAGAACAUAUACCUGUACGGCCCAAGUGGCUGCUAUUUUGCAAAUGAAGACACCGAGCCUUGGGUCCAAGUAUCCUUUGACCAGCUGUAUAUUAUAACUGGCGUGGCAACUCAAGGAUCGAAUGACCCGGAUAAUCAACAGUGGGUUAGGAACUAUGCUCUGGAAUACAGUGAAAAUGGCGUAAACUGGACACAGUAUGAAAAUGGAACACAGUUGACUGGUAAUUCAAAUUUCAACGCAGUCGUUCUAAACACACUGACAUAUCCGAUCCUAGCGCAGUAUGUGCGGGUGUAUCCUUCUAGGGCGACAUGUGAAAACAAUUGCAGUCUCCGCCUUGAGGUGAACGGCUGCAAGUACAGCAGUUUUGACCACUCCCUGCAGUAUGUUGGGUGUGUCAUAGAAACUACAGAUCCCAGUGGACAAGUUAUGGUUCACAGUGCUUCAACGAGCUGCCAGUUGCCGUCGGAUUGUAUAGAUCUGUGCACGGCGGCGGGGUUCUUGUAUGCUGGCCUACAGGGAGCCAACUGCAGCUGUGCAAAUGAAAUUAGAACAUACGGGUAUGCAGCAAGUUAUCAUUGCGACACCGUGUGUACAGGCGAUCCCAAACAGCGUUGUGGCGGAGAGAAUCGAUACUCAGUGUGGCGAACUUGGGAGGUUCGUUGUCCCCAAGUGCCCUCUGUCGGCAACGCAACCGCGUCCAGUACGAGCCGCAACCACAACUCGCAGGUGACCUACUUUUGCCUACCUGGCUACGAUUGGCCAAAUGGAACCCUAGAGGCAGAGAAAACGAUUACUUGUACGUUUAACAACUGGACUGCGCCUCCACCCGAUUGUGAAGCGAUCCACUGUACCUCCGCUCUCCCGACAGCGGCCAACGCCACGCUCAGCGUCGUGGGGGGUGACAAGGUGGGCGCUGUGGCCACCUACACUUGUCUACAGCAUUACCGAUUCCCUGGCGGUUCUACGACGAAGACGGUGUCCUGUUUGACUACGGGUCAGUGGUCCGCUGCCUCAGUGUCCGCAUGUGAAAUGAUCCUGUGCCCAGCAAUAUCAAGUAGCCUUAUCAAUGCGGUGGUCAACUCCACUGACCGCCAGGUGGGGUCAGCUGUGGAGUACCAGUGCACCAACAAUGCCACCUUCGGGGACGGAGGUACCAAGAGGGUGCGGCUGUGCUUGGACUGGGGGCAGUGGGAUGGAGCGGAAGAGGACUGUGGUAAGAUUUUUGGUUGCCAUUUUGAAACUGGUGGCCAUUUUGGAUAUUUUGAAAAAGGUUUUCAUGUUCAGUUUCUGUUAUCACAUAGUGAUAAAGAUAUAGUGUAGGUGUGACUGUCAAACUUAGUGCUGUGCUUAUUCAUCGUGGCGGGUGAUAAUAGAUUUUCACCAUUCCCAGCGUAAUCCCGCAUUGUAGCACUGUAACCAUGGUAAACAACAUGUGUGAACAACGAUGGGAAUGGAUAUACAUACUGCAUUAGUACAUGUACAUGUACAUGGUAAUCACUCGAUAUGUUGAAAUAGGACGGUGCUAAGUUAAGCCCUACGUCACACAGGUAUUGCAAACGCACAUUUUUUAUUGCAAUUAGCAUGUGUGUGACGCAUCACUUGGCAUUUUUGAGAUAAUUAAAAAGAACAUUUCAGCGUAGAUCUCGUGUCCUCCUUGAAAUACAAGUACAAGGUAAGUCAUUCUUUGCACUGAAUAAUUUUCAAUAAUUUCAAUAUUCUUCUUAUUUUUUUUUCAUGCCAUGAUUUAUUUGUCCAUGUAUCUUUUUGCGUUCUUAUCCAAAUAUUUCUCCUUUUAUCCUUACUUUUUCAUAUUUUAGUGGAUGGGUUCAAUUAUUUAUUACAUAUGGUGAAGUGUUGAAUUGCAUGAAAGAAUGGUUCAAAGAAUACACAGAUGUAUGUUAUAGAGACCACUUGCAGGUACCGUUGGAUGUCUUGCGUGAUUGUGUGAUUCUUUUCAUGGCAUAAUGUUAAUGUUCGGUGCUAGACUACGUGUAGAGCCCAAAAGCAUUUUGAUGUGUAUGUGACGUUUGGGCAGAGUGUGACUUUUGUACAGACUGUGUGGUGUGUGUGACGUUUGUAUUGUGUCGUGUAUGUGACGUUUGUACAGACUGUGGCGUUUGUAGAAACUGACGUGUACGUGACGUUUGUACAGGUUGUGACGUGUAUGUGACGUUUGUACAGGUUGUGACGUGUAUGUGACGUUUGUACAGGUUGUGACGUGUGUGUGACGUUUGUACAGGCUGUGACGUUUAUGUGACGUUUGUAUAGACUGUGGCGUGGGUGGAUGUUCAGAUUGUGUGGGGAAAACGUCUACUUGUGUCACAGAUGGAAAUAAAAAUAACAAAAACAGAAGAAAAACAGACAAACUAUCGCUAUUUUGACAAAAGCAUUUAUACUGAAACGUACAUUUAGAAAGCAAACUUUUUAGUAAUGCAUACCCACAUAUUGUGGCAUUGGUACCAUUACUAAGAAAAAUCUAUUUCUAAGCAAAAUCAUGCCGGCUGAAAAAGACUGGAGACAUGUUAGAAGUUUAUCAUCAUUUCUCUUUUCCAGUGAACUUUUCAGAAUAUUGAUUACUAACUUUGACCACAUGAACAAACAUAUUUUGGCAAAAUCAAAGAAAACUUACAUCGUUCUAUGAACAAAAUUGGUUUAAUUGUUUUUUUUUUUUUUAAAGCUGUUGAAAUGCUAUAUAUUUUGUAGCAUUAUAUAAAACCCUGCAUAAUUCCAGUAAGCAAAUAACCGGGGUAAUAUGAAGCAUAUUACAUACAAAGUUUAAGAUGUUUCAUCAUUACAAAAGUUAAUACCUUUAAGCAAAAGCGAAUCUCUAUAAGUUUCGAUGACAAUUAAGUAUGGUCAUUUGCGUACAAAGGUCAUUUCCUUUGUAUCAAGUGUACACAUCAGGAUGGACAGUGGUUAU